AUGGCGAUGGCACGACUUGUAGCCGUGAAUUGGGAAACCAAACAAUUGCAAGCUUUUACUCCGAAGUUGAACAAGGACAACAAGCUGGAGUUUGAUCUUCGCUAUGCGAGUUUUUCUCGAUUUCCCGAGGAGAUUUGUGAAAUGAGCAAACUGAAGGUAUUGAGACUUUGUAUAGACAACAUACACUCUAUACCCAAAACUAUUGCCAAACUGAGGGAACUGGAAGAGAUGUAUUUGGUUACAAGUGAGUACGUGAGGUAUCUUUACCAACCGCCGUCACCAGGUUUAGGUCUGCAGGAGGUCCCUACUGUUGUUUGUGAUCUUCCAUGUCUUAAGGUUUUGUCUGUGUGUGGUAACUCUGCAUUCCCAUUGCUGUUUGAUGAGCUAAUGUCAUGUCCAUUGCCCAGUACUCUUGUGGAAGUGCAAAUGGUGAGAUGUGGUUUAACACAAGCGACUUUGUCUGUGAUCUGCAACAAUGUGAAACUGCGGAGAGUGGAUUUAUCAUACAACGAUCUGCAGUUUUUCGAAUAUAACAGCACAGGGACGAUAGGAGGGCUAACAGUCUUGAAUGAUUUAGAAAAGCUGAAUUUGUCAUACAACAGAAGUCUCCACACAUUUACAUUGGCAGGUCUCACCAAGUUGAAAGUGUUAGAUUUGAGUUACUGUAACAUACAGCAGCUACCAUCAGGAAUGAGUGACCUCCAUCAUUUAGAGAAGCUGAAUUUGUAUGGAAACAAGCUAGGAGUAUUUCCCACAUUUUCAUGUUUGCAGUGGAAGCAUUUACAAACAUUGCAUUUAUCUUACUGUCAUCUAGAAAAGAUACAGUGGGAGUUGAUGUCACCUAACAUUUCCUAUGAGCUGAAUCUUUCUAAUAACAAUAGAUUAUUGUGUCUUCCUAACAAUAUGUGGAAUGGACUGAACUUGAAGAUAUUGUAUCUAAACUCUAGUGGUAUAUCAAGUGUACCCAAUACAGAAGUCAAAAUUGAGAAUGUUUGGUUGGCAUACACUUCUGUCACUCAUCUUCCCAGGAAAUUUGUCUUUAGCCCUAAACUUCAGAAAUUGGUUGUGUUCGGAUGUCCACUAGUGUCUCCACCCAUUGAAGUGUGUGAACGAGGCAUUCGUUCUAUAAGAAAAUAUUUGGAUGAGCUGGAAAGGGAUGGCGGAGUACGACGUGGCAGAAUAAAGAUUCUAGUGAUGGGAAUUACAAAGGCAGGAAAAACAAGCCUCGUUGAAGCACUGGAGAGUGGUAACCCAUUUCUGGCAGAACUGGAUGAGAGAACUAUAGGUGUGGAAGAAACAACCAUGAAGCUGGAUGAUAAAAUAGAAUGCAAAUUGCUUGACUGUGGUGGGCAUAAAGCAUACAUGCUCACCAACCAGCUUAUGGUAAGCGAUAAUUCGUUGGCAAUAAUCGUCAUUGACGGCAGUUUGUACCAGUUUACUGCGCAAUGUUUUCGUUGCAAUAUUGGAGAUUUCCUGCAAACUUUGUACGAGAGGAACAGCAGAGCUCACGUUGCUGUUGUGGUCAGUAAAGUUGAUCUGAUGGUCGACAUGUCAAGAGAAGAAAUGAGUAGAAAGUGGAAUGAACAUGUACACACUCGUCUACGUCAAUUCCUGAAGAUCAGACAAGUUCAGAUCAAGAGAAUGGCAGCAACCAUUGCAGCCGGUGAUUCUCAUGAAAACAAAUACGUGUCGAAACGUCUUCAAUUUUUUGAAUCUCAACUAAUAACUGUUGAAGAAAGAGUAAUACUGACGAGUGCAGCCACACACGAGGGAGUGGUCAGUCUAAAGGAUCGUUUAAGAGAAUUGUGUGCAGAUGAAAGUUUACUGCCUUCACUGCACACAGAGUUGCCAUCAUCAUGGGUGACUGUAGAAGAGAAGCUUACACCACAACCUCACACGUCUGUCCCCAUUACAGAUGUCUCUUAUGCAAUGCAAGUGUGUACAGAGCACGGCCUGACAGAAGAAAGGUGUCGUGAGUUACUAGUCUACCUGAACCGGGUUGGAAGCAUUCUGCAUUACUCGUAUCAAAAGACUUUAUCACAAGUUCUAUUUCCUGUUCCAUCAUUUGUGGUCAAUGUACUGAAGGCUGUUUUCAGACACGAUCAUCAUCUUUUAGUAUAUGACAGUCGAUUUAUUGGAGCAGACGUAGAUCCCAACCAAUUUGCAGAAUUGAGGUCUGAUCUUGUUUGUAACGGCAUUGCGAGGGUGCCUAUGCUGCUAGCGUUGUGGAGUGAGUUCCACCUUACUGCAGAUCGUCAUGUGGACGUGUUUAUUAAGAUUUUUCUUGCUUUUGACCUUGCUUAUCUCACUGGCACAUCAGAUGUUGUAGUUCAGGAACUCUCAGACACUCUUGGUAGACACGAGAUUACAUCAACUCUGUCAAUGUCUACAGACACCAUCAGCAUGACAUCAGAUUCAUAUAGUCAAAUGAGAGGAGAAAGUCAGCAAGCAGAUCAGAUGGACAGUUGCAAAGAACUCAUUUGCAAGCUAAAACAACAUAAUGUUGGCUUGUUGUUGCCAUGGUUACUCAGUGACGAGGAACCGCAUGAUGUGAGUCAACUUUGGUGUGCAGAUGUAGCAGAUGGAGUGAUGCAAGUUGUGGUUGAAUAUUCAUUUGCACAUAAUUGUCCUUUGGGUCUAUUUGAACGCCUGUCUGCUCGUUGUCAUCAUCAUCAUCCUAAUUAUAUUCGUCACUGGAGCAGUGGACUGCUGAUGUGUUAUGGUGCGGUAACUUUGUUGUUUAGUUGCAACAAGAAUACUUCACCUGGCUUUCUACGUCUCAGUGCUAGAGUAGUCAAGUCACAUCACAGUGUUGGCAGAUUGUGGCAUGUUCUUCUGCGUUGUGUGUCAGACGUGGAGGAUCUUCUCCAGUCUGUUCCUGGUGUUCUUUUUGGUCGAUCUAUUAACAGUGGACAUUCUUUUGCUACAAGUACGAAGUCUCCUUUCAAUCCAUCUAAGGAUAUCAUGCCUAAUAAAAGAUGGGGACCAUUUGCAGUAGAAACUGUAAUGGGAAAGUACAGUCCAGAGAUGAAAAAGCAUGUAAAAGCUAUAGUACAAGUGUGUCCAAGUGUAAAGGAAGGUAUUCCUCUGUGUGAUGUUGUUUCACCAGAAGGUGGAACUUUAGUGGACCAAAUGGAUCUCCAAGAGAUAGCGGCAGAUAUAGGAAAGUGGUGGCCUAAACUAGCAACUGUUAUUGGUACUGACCAGUCCACAGUGUCAGAGCUGUAUGAAAGGAAUUCCAACCCUAGUUUUGCCCCAUUAGCAGCAUCUCGCAUAUUAAGUCAGUGGCAAAAAUCAAGAAACAAUCAAUUGCAAGUAUGUGAAUUGUAUGAUGCUGUACUCAUUGCUGACAUUCCUUCUGUACCACAACGGCAUUUGAGUGAUGUCAUGUCGCCUGAUGCAGCAUCUGGAUUAGCAAAACGUUGUGAGACAAGUCCUGCGGCCUCUGAGAUGGUCACUCCGCUCAUCAUAGAGAAAGUAGCCGAAAAUGCUUCAGAGCGUUGGCAUGAAAUUGGUCUAUACCUUGGAGUUUCAAUUUCGGUGCUGACGGAAUGUAAACGACAGUUGUACACAUUGAAAGAAAAAUUGCAUUUAGUUUUGUUUUCUUGGACAAAUGAAAACAGACAUCCCACAGUUGGUAAGUUGUUGUCUGCUUGUGAUAAAGCUAAAGUGGGAGGAGCAGUGAGAAGAGAAUUGGACAGUGAUACACAACGCUAAAUAUAUUUUAUUUAUUUUAUUUAUUAUAUAUGUAGUCUUUAAUUAACUUGAUAUGAUAUAACAAACUUGAAGUUGUGAAUA